AUGGCGUAUCUCGCUAAACUGUCCGCCGCCACAGUUCUUCUUUGGGGAGUCUUCCUUCACCGUUCUACCACUAACGCAGAGCUCGUCCAGUACUCAGAUCCCAACACGGCUUUAGUAAGCUCAGCGUACAAGACCAUUGACGUAGCGGACCUCGGCGAAUGCAACCUCAAGUGUGAUGAAGAUGAGAAGUGUCUCAGCGUCAACUACUGGAAGAAGAAAGACAGGACCGCCAUCUACGCCAACAUUCGUGAGGGCAAACCUUGUCCUAUAAAGAAGGACCCACCGAAAAAAGAAGCGAGAAACUGCCUCGAUGUGCUGAUAGCCGGAGGAAAGAGCAACGGUUUGUACACAGUAAAGCCAUCACCGGACGGCGAUGCGUUCAAGGUUUACUGUGACCAGACUACAGAUGGCGGGGGAUGGACCGUGUUCCAGAGAAGACAAGACGGGUCAGUGGACUUCUAUCUCGGAUGGGCUGACUACAAGCGCGGGUUCGGCAACGAGACGGGGGAAUUCUGGCUUGGACUUGACAAGAUCCAUCUUCUGACCAAUCAGACUAAUACCACAGUUCGCGUUGACUUGAUGGACUGGGCUGGUGCUACUAGAUAUGCCGUGUACGAUCACUUUGCCGUGUCUGCAGAGAACAGAAACUAUGUUCUGACGCUUGGAUCUUACUCAGGGACAGCUGGUGACUCGUUCUCUUACCAUCGAGGAACGCCAUUCUCCACAAAGGACCAGGACCAUGACACUUAUAAUUCUAAUUGUGCAGUAAUGAGGAAGGGUGCGUGGUGGUAUAGGUCGUGUAACAAUAGCAAUCUGAACGGGAAGUAUUUCCAAGGGGGAAAGGCUUCAAAUUCCGACGGUAUAAACUGGGGUACAUGGAAGGACUAUUCUUAUUCCUUCAAGCGAUCUGUUAUGAAAAUCAGGCCAACCGGCUAUGUACGUAACUAAACACCACCACCAUUACGGUGCGACCCGCGCUACCGUGGACACUUUGACAGUAUUGUGAAGUAAGCCAAUAAGGAUGCGUGAAACGCAUGUCGUUAGCAUCAACGUUAGCCAACGAGCAUAGCAACGGAAUGCUUUAAAGCACAUCAGAAUACAAUAAACUCCUCCUAACUUUAAAAUUUGUGCCAACAAAUGUAACUGACUCUACGAAUUUCGAAUACUAUAAUUGGCAAAUACUAAUUGGCAAAUUGGCCAAACUUUUGUAUUGGUGGCCACGGUAGCGCACGUCUCCCUACAAAGGUAAAAGGAGUUAAAAGGAUGUAGAUUUUAAUAUGUGUAAGGUGUAAUUACAGUGAAAUUGUAGACAACAAACAUUGUACGGUAAUAAAUAGUGUGCAUUACCCUA